AAGGAAGUUUCCUUUGUUGAACGCGCAUCAUCACUGAUCUCGAUUGACCCAGACGUGGGUCGAUGAUAUUUUUUGCGCAACUGAUGCACCUCAAGUCCUUUCAUCCACACGAGGAUUGCUCUCCAUGCUACAUUGGGCACUACACGAACAUCUGCAUGCAUAUUAUGGGAUCCAAGGAGCACGGAUAAUUUCGAGUAGUUUCUCCGAGGAGUUACCUCGAGUGGUUCUAACCUGGAGACGGAGCGUUCAGAAGCCUCCGCGAAACACAGCGUUCCGCGUAGAUGGGAUAAUCACUGCGACGACGAGUAUCACCAACCUCGUAAAAUCAUCGCUGAAAGGGAGCCCUUCAACGACCCGAAAUUCAAUCACCUACGAUCGAAUCAGCGACAACCCGAACUCGUAUUCCAUUCCACUUUCAAUACUGAUACGCAAGGUUGUGACAUCAGUACUGAACGAAAUUGAAUCUAGAUCGGAGUCGAUAUUGAAACUUACUACGUUGAUUGAAGAUUCGAGAAUAACAGAGCCCGUCAAGUCUGUACUGAAUUCUAUAGAAACCUGCUAUACAUCGAUCGAUGAUAUUUUUUGUGGCCCUCGUGCACCACAAAUCGUUUCGUCUACCCGAGGAUUGCUUUCUACACUGCAUCAAGCCCUACAUGAACAUCUGCAUGCACGCUAUGGGAUUCAGGGCGCACGAAUAAUUUCAAGUAGUUUUUUCAACGGGUUGCCCCAGAUACUUCUGGCGUGGGAGCGGAACACUCAGACGUCUUCACAAUACAUAGUGUCCCGUGCAGAUGGGAUAAUCACUCUGACAACAAGUAUCUCCAACCUCGUAAAAUCAUCGCUAAAAGGGGGCCCUUCAACGAACCGAAAUUCAAUCACCUACGAUCGAAUCAGCGAUGCCCCUAAUUUGUUUUCCAUCCCACUUCCAACACUGAUACGCAAGGUCGUGAUAUCAGUGCUGAAUGACAUUGAUUCUAGAUCGGAGUCGAUUUUGAAACUCACUGCAUUGACCGAAGAUUCAAGAAUGGCAGCGCCCGUCAAGUCAAUCCUGGCCGCUAUGAAAACAUGUUAUGCAUCGGUCGAUGACAUUUUUUGUGCACCCCAUGCACCCCAAAUCCUUUCAACCACGCGAGGAUUGCUUUCUACACUGCACCAAGCUCUGCAUGAGCAUCUGCACGCACGCUAUGGGAUUCGAGGAGCACGGAUGAUUUCAAGUAGUUUUGUCAACGAGUUGCCCCAAAUAUUUCUGUCAUGGAAACGGAACGUUCAAACGUCUUCACAAAACACAGCGUCCGCCUUGGAUGGGAUAGUCGCUCUGGCAACAAGUAUCACCAACCUCGUAAAAUUAUCGCUGAAAGGGAAUCCUUCUACGAACCGAAGUUCAAUUACUUACGAUCGAAUCAGCAUCGGCCCCAAUUUAUUUUACAUCCCACUUCCAACGCUGAUACGUAAGGUCGUGAUAGCAGUGCUGAAUGAAAUUGAUUCCAGAUCUGAGUCGAUUUUGAAACUUACCACGCUGAUUGAAGACCCAAUAAUAACAGGGCCCAUCAACUUUAUUCUGAACGUUAUAAAAACCUGUUAUACAUUGGUCGAUGACAUUUUUUGUGCACCUCAUGCAACACAAAUUCUUUCAUCCACGCGAGGAUUGCUUUCUAUGCUGCACCAGGCUCUACACGAGCAUCUGCAUGCAUGUUACGGAAUUCAAGGAGCACGGAUAAUCUCGAGUAAUUUCUCCAAAGAGUUUCCUUGUAUGUUUCCAUUAUGGGAACAAAGUAUUCGGAUGUCUUCGCAAAACGGAGUGCCCCACGUGGAUAUCAUCAUUCUGACAACAGGUGUCACGAACCUUUUAGCAUCGUCGUUGAAACCACAUUCCCCAGACAACCAAUAUUCUUCAAUUACCUAUGAUCCAAUCGGCAACGACCCUAGUUCAUUUUCCAUCCCACUUCCAACACUGAUACGCAAGGUUGUGAUAUCAGUGCUGAAUGAGAUUGAUUCUAAAUCGGAGUCGAUCUUGAAACUUACCACAUUGAUUGAAGAUUCAAGAAUAACGGAGCCCGUUAAGUCUGUCCUGAACUCUAUAAAAACUUGUUAUCCAGACGUUGGUUGAUGACAUUUUUUGUACGCGUGAUGCACCUCAAAUCCUUUCAUCCACACGAGGAUUCCUUUCUACACUGCAUCAGGCUCUGCAUGAACAUCUGCAU